CUCUGAGCCUAGUGUUGCUUUUUGCUGCUGGGUAGUGUCCGGUGAUUUGAUUAUAGCUGUGCCAAUUUUCUAUCAAGUCAUUUACCCACAGUGAAUCAUCAACUGACUGCAGUUCCCUUGAAAAAUUAGUUACGCUUUUUUUUCAGUUUCUUGUCUUGGUUUCACAGUGCUUUCAUUAUUCUUGUUUUCUUGUAAUUCUGAGAAAACAGUUUUGCUGCAGAAAACUGAGGGAGAAAUUAUGUUGACGCUUGUUUGGAUGUUCUACAAAUGGCCAAAAUCAGUCUUGGAAAGAAAGGGAGAGACCAAAACUAAUUUACCUACACAAAACAUUACAUCAUAAUAAGGUUAUGCAAAAAAUGUGCAAAAUCACCCUGGUAUCCCGAUUUAAAAAAAACAAAAGUGCUCUCUAAUAUGCACACAUGGUAGAUAAAUCACAACAAACCCUCUAAGGGUGUUCUUCCAGUGGAGAAAAUGAGAUGCCGUGCCACAUGAUGGAAGACUGAAACUUGCAAAAUCAUAAAUAAUUAAAGACAUAAUACUAAAAUAGUUUAAUAUGUGACUGAAUCCACAAACCAUGAGGCAAUUUAAAUCAAGGCAUUAAUUGAUUUUAAAAAAAAAACAUUAAUAAAUAUAAUAGAAACAUUGUUUUUAUUAAAUUAGAACAUAAAUAGAAUUAAUACAAAGUUUAACUUAAAAGACAAAAGAAAAAGAAAAACACGAUACGUAAAGGACAAUUUACUUAUGUUUUUGUAAGACGGAAGGCUGUCACCCCAUGACAACACUCCUGUUUGAUAUGUAUAAUAUAUAUUUGUAUAUUUAAACACAUGUAAAUGUAUAUGGUUUUGAUGUCCCUCAGUGUGUUACACUAUGAUGCAUAUUUUCUGUACCUGUAUACUGUAUAUUCUGUUGUUGCUGUUUUGGGAGUUGUUUUUGUUUGAUAUCAAACAUUUAAUAUUCCAGAAGAUCAUGCAUUCAUUUAUACACAGUCCCUCAGAAGUGCCAUAUUCAUAUCUUGGGAAAUAUUUGAAUCUCCAACAAAAUAAAAACAGAGCUCUUUGGUGUUGAGCAAUGAGCUGAGUCACCCGCUGAAAGGUAUCUACCAGUACAAAGCUGAGCAUCUGGGCUGGAGCGGCUCUCUACUUCUCCAAACUGAGGCUGUGCUGACCGGUGAUUACGAAUGCCUCUGCAGUUUGAACUCUGUCCCGGUAGGAUGAUCGGGGACUCCCAUCCAUGCUUCAUCAUUGCUGAAAUCGGUCAGAACCAUCAGGGAGACAUUGAGAUUGCUAAGAAAAUGAUCAAGAUGGCAAAGGACUGUGGUGCUGAUUGUGCCAAAUUCCAGAAGAGCGAAUUAGAGUUCAAAUUCAGCAAGAAAGCCUUGGAACGCCCGUACAACUCAAAGCACUCCUGCGAGAAGAACUGCCACGAUAAGUUGGGUAAGUCGGUGGUGGCUAAGGGAGCCAUCCUGAAAGGCACGGUGCUGAGCCUGGACAUGUUAGCAGUGAAGGUUGGCGAGCCAAAGGGCAUCCCUCCAGAGGACAUGCAGAAGCUGGUGGGCAAGAAGAUGAGAACGGACGUGGAGGAUGAUGACAGCAUCUUGGUGGACAUGAUAGAAUAAAGCAUCCUCAACGAAGGUUGGGAGAUGGAGGCGGAUGGAGAGGGAGAGAGAAGGAAAGAAAGCAAUGAGAGACGGAGAGAGGCAGACCGGUAUUAGGAGAACAGACUGUUGCAGUGUGUGAACAGAAUGAGGUACAGAAAAGAAAAUGAGACGCAAUAAAAAGGGAGGAACAGAAGUUUGAAGCCCCCAUGUUGGAGUGAAAGAGAAAGGCGAGAGGGGAGAAAAAGGCAGUUAGAGAAAGCUAAAUUACACUGAGGAUGAACAGAUGUGAAUAGGUCUUAAAAUAACUCCACAUGACGAUAAUCUGAGGAGGGUAUGUUGGUGAGAAAUGUUACAACAGCCUGUAAUUGCAGGGUGUGGCUUCCGGCAUGACAUAUGUGGGAUGUGAAGCCCAAUGUGGAUUCUCCAUGAUGUGAUGUCAAAAGUUAUAAAUCAUCAACUUAUAUAUCAUCCAACACUGUCAUUUCAGUGACGCAUGGCCCCUCUGAGCCCUAUCCCCCAUUCACACAUCACAGCUGUAAUGCAGAUGCAUGCAAAUAUUAACAGGUAAAGUCAACUGUGUUUGCAUCCCUGCACUGUUUGCUUACUGUGUGCCACUGUCAAAAUUAAGAAAUGCCCUGUGGCAGGCUUGUUAAAGUAGUAUCUGUCUCCGUGUACAGUGAUCUGUCCCUGCCUGAUUUUCCAAGCAGUUAAUCAUAAAAAAGUGGGAUGUUUGGUUACAUAUGUAUUGAAAUAGUUUGCACUGUAAUUAUAUACAGUACUUGUAUUUGUGGGGAAUGAUAAUGAGGAUUAUAUUCUUCUGUUCUUGGAGCCACAUGUGGCACUUAAAUAGUAAUCAGUGCUUCUCAAAUGUUAAUCUUGUAAAUUAAAGAGUGGAAAAAG